AUGAUAGCCACCAGCAUUUGGGUGGUGGGCACCAUACUGUCCAUACCGAACCUGAUAUUCUUCACCACGCACACGGAACAGUUUCCCAACGGUGACCAGAGGGUCAUAUGCUACGCCGAGUGGCCGGACGGCAUCACCACCAAUAGCUUCCAGGAAUACGUCUAUAACGUUUCGUUCAUGAUAAUUACGUAUUUCAUUCCCAUUGGAUUGAUGGGUUUCACCUACGCUAUGAUCGGACACGAGCUGUGGGGAAGUCAGAGCAUCGGAGAAUGCACACAGAGGCAGUUGGAGCACAUCAAGUCCAAGAGAAGAGUUGUGAAAAUGAUGAUCGUUGUCGUGACGAUUUUCGCCAUUUGUUGGCUGCCUUACCACAUUUACUUCAUUGUCACAUCUCAUAUGCCGGAAUUGACUAACGCACCGUACAUACAAGACGUAUAUCUGGCCUUUUACUGGCUAGCGAUGUCUAAUUCUAUGCACAACCCUAUCGUGUACUGUUGGAUGAACUCCAGAUUCCGGCAAGGAUUCAAGCAGUUCUUCUCGUUCGUGCCGUGCAUCAAUGUGAGAACCGGCAGCCUGAUCCGACGGGAAGUUGUCACCAGCAGGUACAGCUAUAGCGGAUCCCCGGACGCCCACUAUCGGAUAGUGCGCAACGGCACCGUUUGCAUACCCUUGAACCAUCUUUGCGCCGACAACGGGAGAGGUCACUUGAAGGUGCCAACCGCUCAUUGGAGGCAGGCGAAAAAACACGGCAUCGACAGCAGCGUUGGCGAGAUGAGCAGCACCAGUUUCAGCAACACGGCAACGGUGGAGGGGGAAUCGAUUGCCAUGGCGAGUACAUCGACCUACAACAAAAACAGCAACAUCAACUGCGGAGAAGGCAGCCAGAGGACCGGUCUAAGAAAAAAUGCAAAUUCCGCAUCCUGA